UCGAGGGAGGGAACGGAGCGUGGAGAUAGUCGACGAGGACGCUGGGUGGUGAGUGCCACCGUAACCGGGUCCUCCUCAGGGGUCCUACCGUCAGGACCACGGACAAUUUUCUCAUUUUUUUCCUUCCCGUUUCUACACGCGUUCUACCGCGAAAAAAAGGGGAGAACAACAAGAGAGAAGGACAGAUCGAUAGAACCGGCGGCAGCGGCGGCCAGUGUGCUUUUGCUUGCUCUCGCCUGUGCUUCGUCUCCACGCGGGGAAUCGAGAGCACACACCGGGGUGCGGCCGACGAUGGUGAAGGCCCCGACCAUGGGUCCCUCGACCGGCACCCAGGGGAUCAGGAAGAUUCACCCUGGGCCCGAAAUCGCGAUGAAUCCGAGGAAUCUGCCGACCGCGAACGCUACUACACCUCCCAGCAUCCGAACAGAUGGCAAGACCACCUCUAUGUAUCAUCCUCAGGUGGACGUCUCGACUCAGGUGGAUCUGCAAGCCGGUUUCGUGGCGCCAGCGGGCAGCAUCAGCAUCGACUGGGAUCGUAGGGCGACCCCCCUUUACUCUCGCGAGGACAUCAAGGAGCAGUAUUGCAUAACCAGCCGGCAAUUGGACGCGGUCGAGAAGUCUGGGGGUGGGUUCUUCGGCUGCCUGUCGACCAGGGGCCCGUCGCCGUGCGCCUCUGCCAGAACCUCGAUACUCUCCGCCUGCGUGAGGAGCGUGCCCAGCGAUGAGAACCUCUGCGACGCCCCCUACCCCCGCCGAUCCCUCCAGAUCAUGUAUCGUCAACCUUACCCGACCUACUCGAGGGGUUUCUCUCGUUACGACUUGGAGGACGAAGCCGACUGGUUCGAGAGUUCCUACUUCAGGCGCAGACCGAGAUCAUUCUGCACCGUCCCCGAUCCGAAAAGAUACACGUGGCUUCCAGAGGACGAGGAAUCGACCAAGUUGGAGGGUCCUCGGCCGGUGUUGCCCCCGGCCCCACCCCCACCCACGUCGCAAGCGCCGAAAACGAAACACGUGAGCUUCGCGAGAUCGUACACCCUUACGUCGUUCGACGUCCCAAGGAGCAGAAGCCCGCCAAGGCCGCAGAACCAGGAACGCCUUAUAGAUUCCCAGCCAACGAUGCAGAACGCCAUGCUCCCCUCGGCCUUACCCUUGAUGCAUCCGUACGCCGCUAACGAGCCCCGAGUUAUUGUCCUAGAGAAGCCACCGAAGCGCGGCACGAUGAAAACCCAGGCGACCCAGACCGAGAUCCCGGCCGUGUUCCGUGCCCGUGUCCCCGUCACCCUCAGCCCGAGGACGAUACACCGCGUGAAGAUGGUCUCGCAGGGGGCUCAGACGAACGGCCUGUUCAACGGCAGGAAGCUGACCAAGAGUUACUCGGAGGCAGGCCAGCUGGGCACGCCUUUGGGCCAGGCAGGUGGUGCGGGCAAGGAUGGGGAAGAGCACCACGAGCCCCUUCACAGGACGCAGAGCGAGGAACCGCCGAGGUCUCCCUUUCUCGUCGACACGCCACCCCCCCAGGGACACGUCGUGGACGAGCCGUUAACCAACGGGGACAUCUCGGAGCCUAUCAUGGCCGUCUCCCAGGGUCGGAGAAGAUCGUACGAGUUGGACGACCAAGAGAUCCUGAUCGACUUCAAACCAGCGCCCGUGUCGCCGGACGCCCGCGCCCUUUUGAACCGGAUGUCCCAGACGGGAAGGAGGUUCCUCCCGUUGCAGAAGACGCUGUCGGACGGGGAGAUCCGGGUUGAGAGGCGCGAAUUGAUCGGGGAGGCCGGCGAGCCGAGUUAUCCGCACACGUGCAGGAGGAACCACCAGGACCCCUGGGGAAGGACCGUCAGAGCACCCGUCCAAUUCUCCUCCACGCCCGAGGAUCUGUCCUUGCUCAGGGUCGCUUCGCCCCAAGAGGAUCAUCCCGAGGAGGAGUUUCACGAGAAUCUCAUCAGGCGAGGACUGUUCCGCAAAAGGAGCGUAUCGUUGGAAGAUGGCGUGCAAGGAUUGGCAUCCGACGAUUUUAUGCUACCCAGAUCGCUUCCCACGUCCCCUACAUCGCCGACAGCGGUAUCAGCGCCACGAAGGAUUUUACAAAGCCCAAAGGACUACGAGUCGCCGACACGCCCGUUGCGGCAAACCGGGCAAAUUUGCCCGUUACUUUUCGGCCCUGGAACCGGGAUAUCCGGCAUGAUCACAUCUCCGUUCGCAUCGAGCGAUUCGUUAACGAACGACGUCACGAGGGACCACAGCGACGGAAUUUGGAACGAGUCACAGGCGACCGUGCUCCAGGCAGACUCGUUGGCCCUUUUGACACCGUCCUCGAGGAGAAGGCACCUACUGCUUCUCCAGCAUCAGCAACGUUCCUCGAUGGACACCGAGGCGCUCGAUAUCGAAGAGACGAUGGAAUCGCGCCCAUCGAGUCCAAGGAUACGCCUCGAGGCUGCCACGCCUAUUCAACCGUUAACGCCAAGGCAAUUACUUCUCAGCGUCGAAUCGUGCGUCACGUCGAUGAACGGAAGGCCGAGAGGCGGAUUCCGUCGUCCAAGCCCCGGGCCCCCCUUGUCCCAGCCUCAGUCGCAAUCCUCGAGCGAGUUCGGGCUGAGCCUGGCGCGGACCGACUCGGGCGGCCGGACCAACACGGACCUGUCCGAAACCUCGACGACCGAGGACUACGUCACUGCCAACACCUCGACCGAGACCGGGACCACCACGGGCACUUCCGCAACGACCAGCUCCUGGUCGAGGCCCCCGCAGACGUCGAGCGCAGCGGCCUCGGCCUCGGCGACAGCCACUGCCGCGGAGGGAAGCUCGUUCGAGAGCGCCAGCUCCAUUUACAGCCUGGCUCGCAGCGAGGCCGUCGUUGAAGAGCCAUGCAGCCCGCCACCGAUAUUGGAGGAAACGGAAAUUCCAUUUGGAUUGGAGGUACCCCCGUCGCCAGCCAGGUCGACGAGCAGCAGCAGCUCGGGCAGUUACGACCUGAAAGAUGCGAUGACAGAUCCGGGUCAGGAGGUUGAGCAGCAAACGGCGCCGCCGAGCGGACACACCUCAGAGACGGAGCUGGAUCAUGACGAAGGCCACCGCUCCUCUUCGGGCGGCUACGCCGAGUCUCCGCCGGAUCUGCGCGGUUGGACGGAGGAGGAGAGGCGUAGACGAAGGAAGACGUUCUCCCUCGACUUUCUGGGAAGCGGCGCGGGCGUGGAGCGGGGCGCGGAUUCGUACGGGGAGGGCGUCGAGUUGAGCCCAACGCCGAGCCAUCGUCACAGGCCGAGGGGGAAAUCGACGAGCGCGAGAAGCCCGCACAAGAACAACAGGAAGCGGGACGCGGCGAUAACGUCCGUGCAACAAUCGGCGCAGCAGCAGGCGCAGCAGCAACAGCAACAGCAACAAAUGAUCAGCAGGAGCCCGCAGAAGGAGGACUGGCGCGUGGAGCAAGGGGAGGAUGGGGGCCACGUGCCCACCUCGGAUGAUUCCAGCUGCAGCCACCACUACCACAUGCACCAUCACCAUCAUCAUCACCUGCAUCGCGAGGGAGCCGACGGAAGGCACAGGAGGACGAGGGAGAGCCCCAGGAGGAAGACCACUGGUUACGUUUCCACCAGGAGGAGGAGCAACGAGUGGGAUUUUCCAGACAAGAACGCGGCCAUAACGGGGAGCCUGCCACGAAGGAGGUCGCGGGCGGCUGACGACAUAAUGUGCUCGAGGUUGAGCCCUGGCCGUUAUCAACGGAGUCCGGGGCACAACGGGCAAAGGGCGGUGAUUGUCGAGUCGCAGAGCCCCGAGGCUAGAUUGAAGGCCCUCUCAGCGGAAUCGUUGAGGUCCGUCAGCCCUGGGAGCGACAGUGUUUUCUACAGCGAGGGGGCGGACCAAUGCUUGACCAUCGGCGCCCUUGACGCCCCCCAUUGCCACCACUGCGGCAGAGAGGUCUCGGAAGAGAUCGUUCGACCGCCGGCAGGUUUCGCGGACUCCCCCGAAGGGCACAGAUCGUCCACGUCGAAGCACGUGCCCGGCCACCGGCUCUACAAGAAGUUCGACAAGAGGUACCGGUCGGAGGAUCGCGGGGACAGACGGCACAGGCGCAGCAGCGCGGGCAGAUCGGACGUCAGAGCGAAAUCGGAGGAGAGGGUGGCGUCGAGGCGAGGCAGCAGGGGGAGCAUCGACGACACAGCCGCUGGAAGGAAGAGGCUUCACGCGAGGAGCACCGACGUCAGCUUGGAGAUCCUCACUGGUCGGGAGGACGAGGACACGUAUGUGGAGCCGUACACAAGCAGCGAGUGGAUUUACAUCGGCGAUCUCGAGGAGAGCCACGUGUGGAAGAGGCCGGACGGCAGGGAAACGGACGACGAAGUUGGGUUGGAGAGCGUGGCGAAGGAGAGGAGGGGCUCGCAGGAGUCGACCGAAAGCGAGAGAAACUUCAGGAAAAAGUAUCAGGCUACGACUCAGAGGAUAGUGCACCGAAAGAUCAGCGGGGAGAUGUAUAAGAGGAUACAGACCAAGUGUUUCGAUGAAUUAUUUUAUUUUCGUCGUUCCAUCUGUCCGUACGAGGUGAUAAUAUAUUUGUGGGACACUUUUGGAGGAUUCCAGAUCAAUAUGAAAGUUGGUAUACAAAAAAAUGUAGAUUAUUCAUUAAGUUACAUGAUAAAAUAUUGAUAUUUUUAUAACGUAGUUAGAAAUUAUAUUAUAUGUAUGGGAAACGUGAGAAAUAAGUAUAGCAUACUUUUGAAAUUCAUACCAUAAACUAUGUAUAUAAGUAUGCAGAAUAUGAAGAGAGACGAAGGUAAGGAGGAUAUUCAAAAGCAAAACUAAUAUGUGAAAUGUUAAGUAUGACGGAUAUAGGUUAACUUUUAUAAUUGAAAGGAAUGCAAUUUGAAUUAUGAAUAAUUUUAUUUGGAAAUUUAAUUGGAAGCAAAAAUUUGUUUCAAAUAUUAUCUUUCAAGGAAAGGUAUUGUAUAAUUAUUAAUGGAACAAUUAUCCUUAUAAUUUUUCCAUUCCAUAUUUUGUCAUAUAGGGAAACUUGCUAAAUUUUUGAUAAUUUAUACGUCAAUGAAAUAUUUAUUAAAGAUAUAAAAAUCAAUAUAAUUCAAAUAAUAAUUUUUCUUAUAAUUAACGAAUAAAAAUCAUUUUUGACAAUUUAAUUGAAAGAGUAUUGUCAUGGAAAAAGAUGAUAAAGUGAUAUCGAAGUAAAAAUAUUUAUUUUUCCAUACCUUUUUAUUUCCAUAUAGUUUCAACUUUCCAUAGAUGAAUAUUUAUAUAACUUUGUGCCACGUUUGACUUUUAUUCCGUUAAUAUUGUAAAACUUUUCGAACGAUUGAAAUACACAGUUGAAAAGAACAGAACGCUAGAUACGUUUAGAAUUAUUUGAAAUACGUUAUAUAAAUUAUAUUUACUUAAAAAAAAAAAA